CAAGGAAAAAAAAUAAUGCAGGUUAAUCAACAAACUAUUAACUGUAAUGACAGUGUAAUGUCGUGCUUUCUUUUAUGUCACUGUAAGGUGCUUUAUAAGAAAUGUUAGUCCCAGUUCAACUGAAGAAAAAAUUUGAACUGUAAUGUCCCAGUACCGGCAUGAUAAGAUCAGUGUUGUGAAUUUAUGGAAAUAAUCACGCCAUGGAUUUUUCGUGUUAUAUUAUCGAACAGGCAGUGCAAUAGUAGUGGUUUCAUAACUAAGACAAUAUUAAAAAAAUAUGUUUCCUGAAAAUAAGACAAGACUUAAUAUGUUUUGGUGAUCACUAUUACUUCAGGAAACUAUGACAAACCUUGACGAUAAUUUAUCUCUGUUGACUCCAUGUAUGUAUGCAAACGGAAACAGUUCUGUUGAUAUCAGCCACAUCGCUAAAGUUCCUCCAUCUUGUGACUGGGGUCACGAUAAUUCAAACAACUCGUAUAACAAAACUAACAACAUUAUGACGUGGUCGGCAUCUUUAGCACUAACAAAUGAACAAUCUUCCCUACAUAUUUCAACAAUAGAACCUUGUACAUGGAAAUCUUCAAAUUUUCACGGAAGAGAAUCAGUCGUUGAUGAUAUCAUUACCAACUGCUGCGAUGAAAAUGUUUCAAAAGGAUCCGAAGAAAUAAACGUGACUUGGAACAGUGACUUGUUGAUGGAUGACGGGAAUACAACAGAUCACAGUGGUCAGGAGUCAAGGCCGUUGAGUGUAAGCCUGCAGGCGACAGAACGCGCGCCUGACGUCAUCAAUAUGGACACAAUUCCCAAAAGCAGGGGCAAAUCCCGGACGAAGAAGACGAGGGUCUCCAGCGCCACGUAUAAGCACGUUCCACACCGGGACAAACCGCCUCAGCUAGUAGCGCGUCGGAACGCUCGUGAAAGGCGUCGAGUACAAGCCGUCAAUUCUGCCUUCAGCCGUCUGCGUAAAGUUGUGCCUAUUGGCAACAACAGAGGAAAGAGAGUAAGUAAAGUGAAAACGUUGCACAAAGCCAUCGAGUACAUAAGCCAGCUGCAAGACCUACUGAUCCAUAGUGAUCCCACACAUUCUCUGAGUUUUAGAAGGGGAGGAAAUCACGCUGACAGUUUGGAGGAUUUACUCGAAGAUUUUGAAGAGGACAUCUAAUAAUUGAGCCAUUCCAGUACAAUGAAAACCCAUUCAACAGACUGUAUUAACAUAUAUCUAUUGUACAGGACUUUAUUGAGAAAUCUAGUCAGAUAUACAGAAUAUGAAAUAUACAAUUAUAAUUUUUACGGCCUAGAUUGCAUGGCAUAAUAAUGAUUUAUGGCAAAUUAUGUACAAUACAAAUAAAACAGAUUUCUGAGUAGGGCUACAAAAAGACAGACGUUGAAAUAACAUGGAUUACUCAGGCAUACAA